AAGUUAAACGAAAAUAAAAUAUGGAAAUUAAUCCAAGUAAGAUGGAUAUGGAGACUGCAGAUUUAAAUCCUACGGAAUGGUUUCAGAAAUUCAUUGAAAUUUCGAGAGAAAAAUUUGAGUUAUCAAGAAAAUCUUCAGAUGAUAGAGUAAGAUCUAUAGAUGUUGAUGAAUAUGAUUAUCAAGAAUUUGAAGAUAAUGAUGAUGAUAAAAAAUUUUAUAUCAAUACACGAAAAACACAGUAUGGUUUGUGUAUGACUCGCAUGGCUCCUUUAUUUGCUAGUCAUCCACGACUCGAAAAAAUUUGCAAAGAUUGGAAGAAUGAGUUUCUUCCUUCAGGCUUUACAAAAUAUACAUGUACAUUUAGCAUCAAUAUUAAUGAUCAUUCAGUUGAUGAAUUACAUGGAAAAGCAAAUGAUCUAGAGUACCUAAUAAAUUUCUUUGGAAGAAAUUUAACUUAUCUAGAUGUAACUGAAUAUCCUUAUUCUGAAAUAAUGCCAAUAAUCAAUGCUAAUUGUCCAAAUCUUGAGACUUUUUAUAUUAAAUUCAGAGAUAUAAUGAGUCAAGAUUUUGAAAAUUGUUUUUCUAAUAUGUCCCACCUUAAAACACUGAAGAUUUAUUGGCAAUGUGAAAAUUCAACUCUACCAAUGACUUUAGCCAAGUCAUUUGAAAAAAUUGGUGAAACCUUGAAAGUUUUAUAUCUUUUAUGUAUUUUAGAAAGAACUAAUUUUUUCUCACCAGAUUCAUUGGCUUCGGUAUUUCCUCGUCUAAUUGCUUUGAAUUUUUUAAGUAUACGUAAUUUUGAAUUAAGUCAACUUUUUCUCCAGUCGAUAGGUGAAAUAAAAAAUUUGGCUGAUUUAAGAUUACACUCUUUUUGGCCGGAAAAACAUUCAAUGUUUGAUACAAGAAUCAAUAUGUAUCCAAUUGGGAAUUUAAAAAAUCUCGAGAAGUUAGAGAUUGAUUUUGAUUAUGGUGUUAGAGAUGAACUUUUGAUUAAUCUUGGUAAAAAUGCUAAAAAACUAAAGAAUUUACAAAUAGUUGGCACACAUAUAACUGAUACUGGUAUGAGAGCAAUUGAUAAUUUACAAGAAUUAGUAUAUUUUUAUCUUGGUUCGCGAACAGCAACGAAUGAAUUUAUCACUGAUGAAUCAAUUCGAUGUUUAUUCAAUAAAAAUUUAAAGUUCAUGAAGUUAAUACAUUGCAUUAAAAUCACUGAUAAAGGGGUAUCUGAACUUCUUGAAAAUUUACCAAAUUUAUUUAGUUUAUAUAUUACAAAUACGAAGGUAACUGAUAGAACUGUCAUUAGAAUAUAUAAAUUAAAAGAUCCUGGUGAAAAACCACGAAUUGUAUAUGAUGAUGAGCCAUGUGACUAUUAUUAAAUAAU